CUCGACCCAAAACCCUAACCCUUCCGCACCUAUUUCUCACUUCGGAGCCGCAUUAGGGUUGCACAGAGAGGGAACAAUGGUGUCUGGCUCAGGUAUCUGCGCUAAGCGCGUUGUGGUGGACGCCCGCCACCACAUGCUCGGCCGCCUGUCUUCGAUCCUGGCCAAGGAGCUGCUCAAUGGGCAGAAGGUCGUGGUUGUUCGCGCGGAGGAGAUCUGUAUCUCCGGUGGGCUGGUGAGGCAGAAGAUGAAGUACAUGAGGUUCUUGCGUAAGCGCAUGAACACUAAGCCUUCUCAUGGUCCCAUCCACUUCCGCGCCCCGGCUAAGAUCCUCUGGCGCACCAUCCGUGGGAUGAUUCCCCAUAAGACUAAGCGUGGUGCUGCUGCACUUGCUCGUCUGAAGGCAUAUGAGGGUAUUCCACCUCCAUAUGACAAGACUAAGAGGAUGGUCAUUCCUGAUGCGCUCAAGGUCUUGAGGCUGCAAGCAGGACACAAGUACUGUUUGUUGGGCAAGCUUUCUUCAGAGGUUGGAUGGAACCACUAUGAGACCAUUAAGGAGCUUGAGAACAAGAGAAAGGAGAGGGCCCAAGUUGCGUAUGAGAGGAAGAAACAGUUGAACAAACUGAGGGUGAAAGCAGAGAAGUCUGCUGAGGAGAAACUAGGACCUCAGCUAGAGAUCAUUGCCCCCAUUAAAUAUUGAUGAGUAGACAUUUGUGUGUUUAAGAUGAUAAUCUUGUUGACGAUUGAGUUCAGAGAUUAUUUUUGUUCGUGUUAUGAUACCUUGUUCGUUUUAAUGGCCAAUUAAUUGCGUGGUAGUUGUUUCUUAUAGAUUUCACUUGUAUGCGAUUUGGUAUUUUAUGAAAUAUCUGAAAUCACUUUUAUGAAA